UCACCGGUGGAGGUCGGAUGUCGCCUGACCGGAUGAUAACGAGAAGUUUUGUUUUGUGAGUUUACGAAUGAUUGAUCCUCAGAUCAGCACACGGAUCUUAAUGAAUGCGCCGUAUUACGCGUCCUCUCCCUGUCAGCGAGUGUUUUGUGAGUUAUUUGCCUUUGACAGACUGAUCUGGAAGUGUUUGAAGGGUGGAAAUCGAACACUUGAAAGUAGCCCGAGCGCCUUGCUGCCGCGAGCCCGUUCCUGCGCGCUGAGAGACGGUCAGAAACCAUGGGCAACCGGGGGAUGGAGGAUUUGAUCCCCCUGAUCAAUAAACUCCAAGAUGCUUUCAGUACCAUUGGCCAAAGUUGUAACUUGGAUCUGCCGCAGAUAGCCGUGGUUGGAGGACAGAGCGCCGGAAAAAGCUCCGUGCUGGAAAAUUUUGUCGGCAGGGAUUUCCUUCCCCGAGGCUCAGGCAUCGUCACCCGCAGGCCUCUCAUUCUGCAGCUAGUUAACAACAAAGCUGAAUAUGCGGAAUUCUUGCACUGCAAAGGAAGGAAGUUCGUGGACUUUGAUGAAGUCCGGCAGGAAAUUGAAGCAGAGACCGACAGGAUUACCGGGUCCAAUAAGGGCAUCUCUCCAAUUCCCAUCAACCUGAGGGUUUACUCGCCACACGUAUUGAAUCUGACUCUCAUCGAUUUGCCCGGAAUGACUAAGGUUGCCGUGGGCGACCAGCCGCCAGACAUCGAGCACCAGAUUCGAGACAUGCUUAUGCAGUUCGUCACAAGGGAAAGCUGCCUGAUCCUCGCCGUCACCCCGGCCAACACUGACCUGGCCAACUCAGACGCUCUCAAGCUGUCUAAGGAGGUGGACCCUCAAGGACUGCGUACCAUUGGUGUGAUUACUAAACUGGAUCUAAUGGAUGAGGGUACAGACGCCCGGGAUAUCAUGGAAAAUAAACUCUUACCACUGCGUAGAGGUUAUAUUGGCGUAGUGAACCGUAGUCAGAAAGACAUAGAUGGCAGGAAGGACAUUCGUGCUGCACUGGCAGCAGAAAGGAAGUUCUUCCUGUCCCAUCCCAGUUACAGACACAUGGCUGAACGAAUGGGAACACCACACCUGCAGAAGACCCUCAACCAGCAAUUGACCAACCACAUCCGGGACACGCUACCCGGCUUGCGCAGCAAACUCCAGUCUCAGCUUCUCUCUCUGGAAAAAGAGGUGGAAGAGUAUAAGAACUUCCGCCCGGAUGACCCUACGCGAAAAACCAAGGCCCUGCUGUGUGGCAAUAACAUGAUUGAAAACAUCACACUGUCUGUGUUGGCUCAAGAGCAAACCAAGAACGCUCAGUUCAUCAUCAUCUCCCUGAGGAACAACAUGUUUGAGAUGGCCGACCGUCUCAUCGGCAUCUAUAAGACACACAACACCACCAAGAACGUGGCCAUCAACCCCAAAACCAUCGUCCUGCGCCAGAUCGAGACGGCAAAUGUAUCGAUCUGGUUAUUCAGGAGCUCAUCAACACAGUCAGGCAGUGCACCAACAAGAACGGGGUUGUUCACCCCUGAUCUGGCCUUUGAGACUAUAGUGAAAAAACAGAUCCGCAAACUGAAAGAGCCCAGCCUGAAAUGUGUGGACCUGGUGGUGUCCGAACUCACCACCCUCGUCAGGAAAAGUGCCAAGAAGCUAGGCUCUUACCCCAGACUGCGAGAAGAGACCGAGAGGAUUGUCACUACUUAUGUCAGAGAGAGAGAAGGCAAGACCAAGGACCAGGUCCUUCUGCUGAUUGACAUUGAGCUGUCAUACAUCAACACCAACCAUGAGGACUUCAUUGGAUUUGCAAACGCCCAGCAAAGGAAUAUCGUUAACAAGAAGAGGGCCAUUCCCAACCAGGUGAUCCGUAAAGGCUGGCUAACCCUCAACAUCAGCAUUAUGAAGGGCGGCUCCAAGGAGUACUGGUUCGUCCUGACGGCCGAAUCGCUGUCCUGGUACAAGGACGAGGAGGAAAAAGAGAAGAAAUACAUGCUUCCUCUGGACAACCUGAAGCUCAGAGACGUGGAGAAAGGCUUCAUGUCUACCAAGCACAUUUUUGCAAUCUUCAACACGGAGCAAAGGAACGUGUAUAAGGACUUGCGUCAGAUCGAGCUGGCCUGUGAUUCGCAGGAGGACAUGGACAGCUGGAAAGCCUCUUUUCUCCGAGCAGGCGUUUAUCCUGAGAAAGAUCAGGUGGAGUCAGAAGAGGCCACUCCAGUCGACAGCUUCUCCAUGGACCCUCAGCUGGAGAGGCAGGUGGAGACCAUUCGUAACCUGGUGGACUCCUACACUGGUAUCGUCAACAAGACCAUCAGAGACCUCAUGCCCAAGACUAUCAUGCAUCUCAUGAUCAACAACGCGAAAGACUUCAUCCACUCCGAGCUGUUGGCAUACCUGUACUCCUCAGGAGAUCAGAACAGUCUGAUGGAGGAGUCUGCUGACCAGGCCCAGCGCAGAGACGAGAUGCUACGUAUGUACCACGCCAUAAAAGAGGCCCUCAGCAUCAUCGGUGACAUCAGCACCAGCACUGUGUCCACUCCUGCGCCUCCGCCCGUCAACGACAGCUGGAUUCCAGAGAAUAGCACCACCCCCCAGCACAGACCACCUACAUCGGCCCCGGCCCCCAGCAGGCCUCCAGCAGUAAGAGGUCCAACACCAGGCCCACCCCCUCUUAACCCCACCCCCUCCUUUGCAGCUCCACCCAUUCCGUCUCGCCCAGGCCAGCCCAUUAAUGCCUUGAGCAACAGCAACCUGGAUCCUUUCAGUGCGCCUCCACAGAUCCCCUCCCGCCCUGCCCGCAUCCCUCCGGGUAUCCCCAGAAGACCCCCUGGCGCUCCCAACCGGCCCACCAUUAUCCGCCCCGCCGAGCCCUCCCUUCUAGACUAGACCCAUGCGCUGGCCACCAUAGGCUGACAGAAAGAAAGAAAGAGAGAGAGUGAAAGGAAGGGCUGGAGAACUGCACUGAAACAUGUGCACGUGUGUCUACACAUACAGCCUGACCAAUAAACCUAAAUAAUCCACUCAAACUGUCCUCUGAUCAGCGCUGCUAAUCACAUCCUUACUUUUAAAGCCCAGAGGUCUAAAUUAAGCACAUAAAUAUUCAAAUAAAAUUAUUGUUGCUAUUAUUUUGUUAAACUAUAGAGUGAACUAAAGGGUGUAGUGGCCUCCAACUUUCAGUCAUUUCAUCACUCACAUAGGUCAGGUGACCACCAGGGGGUAUCCUACUCAACUUGUGUAGACAAACCAACAUUAGACUCAUGAUGCCUCCUCUCUGACUAGUGGUUUAAUGUGGGAUAAGAUGUGUACUGUUCUUGGGUAACUUAAGGGUGGUUGAAGAUUCUUUCUUGUUUUAGACACACUUCAUGUGUUGUUUGUUUUCAUUCUGUGUUUUCUUGACUCUCUAACUUGAUAUGCUGAAAUAAGACACCAUGACUGCUGUUAUUAUUGCUAUGUGGGAUUGAUUUUGAUCUGAUUUCUUUGUUUUUCAUGUUCAAUUGGCCGUUUGUUAUGUUUGAUGCCCUUCAAAACGGCACUUAGUACCAAGAGACUGUUAAUUAUGACUCCGUAGCAGCUAACCAAUCAGAAAUGCAAACAUACAAGUUCAUAAUUCAAAAACCUAGAUGUUGAUGCUCAUGUUUGGUGUUAACAGGCAACAUCCUCUUUCUGUUUGGUCGGGAAAUUUGGUUCUUGAAAAGCACUUCCGGUUUUCUAGUGAUGGGAAUUUCUUAGGUAGUCAGAGAAGGAGGAGGUGCAAUUUGUAUGCAAAUCUCUGUAAUGAUCUGUUGAUAUAAAUAAUAUUUUGUGUAUAUGAAUAUAAUCCUGGAAAGCAUGGUAACCACUCGUAACGGGCCGACCCGUCAGAGCUCAGGUAACAUCCGACUCCAAAUCUGGUAACAGUUUACGCUAGCUUAGCGUUCUGAUUGUUGUAACUUAAAUUAAUUGGCAAGACCUUAUGGGGCGCUUUUAUUUUCGCAUUCAGGGAUGGUGAGGGUCAGGGGAGCGUUUAUGAGCGGGAAGAACAACAGGAAGUGGGAAUGCACUCAAACACAAGGUCACUGAACAUGGUACAUGCAGGUGUACUUGGCGUUAUGGGGCGUUUGCUUUAUGGAACCAGUCCGUUCUCGCCUACAAAGACACAGGGAACUUUCUGAACGCAAAAAAACGGUGAACCUUUAAUGUAGAUAUCAUAGUAAAUGUACUAAGGCGUAUUUCUGAGUGUAUUAUUUAUAACCUGGGCAUUUGUCUUUGUGUUUGCAUUUUUCACAAACUGUUUGCUUCAGAGUAGAACGACAGAUAUUCUUCGCUAUUGACAGAUUUAUGCCCCGUCAGUUGCGUAAACAAUGGUUGAACAGAAUUCAGAGUGAAAGCGGUCCAGCUGGUUUCCUGUUGAUCCUGUUUUGAUCUUUGCCGUUUGCUUUUAUUGAUGUGCGUGCAAGGAAAUGAGCCAUGACAAAUGUUGUUUUCUUGAUUAACUUCAGGAUAAGAAUAGGGAUUUUGGUGUAAGCGGGAGCGGGUCUUUGAUUUUAGCGCCAAUUUGUCUGUAAAUAAUCGAAGGCUUGGAGUCGGACUUGAGAUUAAACUUAAAAAUUAGCUGCAGAAAUCAGGGCCGAACGCUCUUAAAUUACUCCUGUGUGUUAUGGCUACAGUGAUGGCAACCGCUGCUCCUUCUUCAGUCAGUUCAAGGCUUGAAUUAAAAUUAUAUCCAGCUGUUUCCUUUCCAAUUUUAAAUUAUUUCAACAUCUGUUAAGAACUGGAUAAAGCCCAGAUCACUGCAGCCAUAACUUUUCCUCUGGUCUUUUCUCAUGGUGACCCGAUCCCCAUCUCUCCCUCUAAUAACUGUGUCCUGUUGUAUGGAGUGAGGGACUGAGGACAUAUUUAGCAUUCUUUUUUAUGCUUUUGGAAUAACAAAUAAUUGUCAAGUGCCUGUGUAGCAAUUAAAAUGGACUUGGAGCAAAAUGCACAAUGAGAAUUGAAAGUGAGAUGAUAAUAAAAGGUGUUGUGUAUAAUAAAGAUCUGGCACUCUG